UUAUGGUUUUAUGAGGAGGAGACGGCCAGCAGCAGCGGUUCUUAGACCCAGACCCGUGGGCGGCUGGGUGGCGUCCGUCUGGGUGAGCUGAUAGGACGAAGACUUGGCACUCUACCUACCAACUGCUUCAUCCCAAAUUUUCCAGAUAUGGCGAUGAGAAGUGAGAUGUAGAAAUCGGAUGGGAGGCCAUACAUGUGGGUUUGUGCUUCAGCUGAAACGGACAAAAUUGCCCAUUUCUUUCUCCUCCUCCUUCUCCUCCUCCUCACCUAACCAGUUGAUAUUUUGUCUAAAAAGUGUGCAGCACAUGACACCCUGGUGAAUCCCCGAGGCUAGUCCCACACACAGACUGAAUGAGUUCAUCUCUGACUGUCGGACGGACUCCUCAAAAGCGCAGGACGGAUGCAAACAGACUAAACAAAUCUUGGCAUUUUGGAACACCCUCAGCGUCUCCGCCUACGGUUUUAUAACCGAGUGGUGAAUCUGUCACCGGGGGACCCGUCGUUUCACAGACAGGGAGAAGAUGCCAUUCCACCAUGUGCGGGCGGGCUUGCUCUAUCCAGACAACUACCUGAGCAGCUCCCUGACGGAGGGCAGUGAAGCCUUUCAGCUCACCAGCAUCUCCACCGAGGAGCUGGGAGAGAUCCGUGAGGCAUUUCGUGUUUUGGAUCGGGAUGGGAAUGGUUUCAUCUCCAAACAGGAGCUGGGCAUGGCCAUGCGCUCCCUGGGUUACAUGCCCAGCGAAGUGGAGCUGGCCAUCAUCAUGCAGAGACUGGACAUGGAUGGGGACGGCCAGGUGGACUUUGAGGAGUUCAUGACAAUACUGGGGCCCAAGCUGCUGUCGUCCGACAACAGAGAAGGAUUCCUGGGCAACACCAUCGACAACAUCUUCUGGCAGUUUGACAUGCAGCAGCUGUCUCUGGAUGAGCUGAAGCAGGUGCUGUUCCACGCCUUCCGGGACCACCUGACAAUGAAGGACAUAGAGAACAUCAUCAUCACAGAGGAGGAGAGCCUCAAUGAAACCUCAGGGAACUGCCCCGAGUAUGAGGGAGUCCAUCCUAAGAAGAAGAACCGUCAGACGUGUGUGAGGAAAAGCCUGAUCUGCGCCUUUGCUAUGGCUUUCAUCAUCAGUGUCAUGCUAAUCGCAGCCAAUCAGAUGCUGCGAAAUGGCAUGGAGUAACCACUUGCACUGUGAGCAUGGGGAGUGGACAGAACAGCCAUGACCUCACAUCUUUCUUGUCUUUACAGCCAAAGCUGGACCAGCCACAGACCAAGCACUUCUCUAAACAAUUGAUGUAUUUUCGUUCUCUAUGAUUUAAGUUCAACUUUCCUUGUAGAAGCAGACAAUGUGAUUUAAUGACGAUAUAUGUUUAUUCAGCAUUAAAGAUGUCACCAUGUAAUGUUACUGGACUUUCUGACACCUGAACUGGAAAAGUAUUAUGUUUUAUAUAUUUAUUGUUAGGUGAGUAGUAUGAUUUCUUCUGUUGUUUUUAAUACCAAGACCAACCUUUAAACCUUAUUUUCUUAUUACCCAAUAUAUUUUUCAGGUGCUUUGAGCCAUUCUAAUAAAAAAAAAGAAAGUAAUAUUUCUAAUAGUUAGUCUGUAAAAGUAUCUACAUAUUAACCCCAAGAGAAGUUGCGUUGAAUGUGACCUGAGUGAAUGUGGGCACUGAAUGUCAGCACAGUAUUAAAAUGUCUAUUACCAGUAAAUCCCUCACCUCUCAUGUGUUCAGGUAAUAAAUCACACUCUUUGUAAAACAUCCACAUCAUAGAGUUCUCAUAUCUUACUGCACUUUUAGUCUUUGUUUGUAUUUACAAGGAGCACAAGUUAAUACCCAGUGAGGGGCCACUGAUCAAUCACACGUGUCCCACUAACUCUACUGUUAAGUCUUGUGACUUAAAGGUUUAGUGAUUCAUUGGCUGAUGUGUUAAAGACAGUGCUUUGUAAAUGUGAGAAGGUUGAAAAAUAGACAUCUAAUGACAAAGAAGCUAUGGUUUUGUUGAAAAACAACGGGACCAGGCUGUAAUAGAGUAUGUUUAAUAAUGCACUGUUUCACAACUACAUGUUUCAGCAUAUCAUUGUUAUACUGCCCAGCUUUGGUGGACAAAAACCAUACAAAAGCAUGCAGUAUUUACACUGCCAUAACAAACAUGUCUUCAUUUUUCAUGGAUUUAUUGUUACAUAUAGUAGGCUACUGCUAAGCUUGUGUAUUGUAUUAUUAUAUCAACAGCAGAAUGUAUGAGGGGUAGAAACUUGUGAGAUAAAUCAGGGAUAUACAGCAGAGCUGUGAUAUACUGUUGACACAGCUGUUUUCCUAGAAAAGGCUGCUGUCUAGUGAUCAAAAUAGGAACUGCAGCUAAAGGCCUGAACAACACUGUUUUCAAGGUGUUCAGAGGUGAGCUUUGAUAUGUCUUAUGUCUGUGGCAGUAUUGUCUGUAUUUGUGUUACUUCAACUGUUGUAGUUUCUGGGGUAAUAACUGUUUAGUGGUCCGUCCUGAUAGCACUGAAAUGGAACAAACCUAUUUGGGAAGAAAAUUUGUAGGGGCUUACAAUAAUGCUCCACUUCCUCUAAUGCACCACAGAUUCAAUGUUAGUAUGAAAAUGUGUUGUUUCAUGAGGGUGUAGAGCUGGGUGAUAAAGACAUGUCUCAGUUUCUCUUCUUUCAUUGUUAGUUCAUUUCCAAUCUUUGGGUUGUUUCUUUUACUUUUAAAGAGUCAGGGCAGGUAAGUAGAGUAAACACAACUAUUUUUUUAUGAACGGAGGUCAUUGAUAUAUGUUUCUUUUAUAUUGUGACAUUUAUUCCACCAUUAGCGUAUAGAUGCCUUUUAAAAGUCACCUGUUGAUGUUCAAUGAAUUCUUUCAUCGUUGUAUCCCAUUAAAUCAGCAUAUGUGGAUUCUUAAAGUGCAUGGUGCUCCCCUUGAAAAUUAUUUAUUUAUUCAUGUGUUUUGCAGGAUGGAUUAAAAGCGAAACUGGAUAUUUCAAUCAAACAAAAUGUGAAAAUAAGUGAGUUUAUAUGCUGUUAGAGUAAAUAGUAAAGAGGACUUUAAGAGGAGAGGGGUUCGUUAAACAAAAAAAACAAAAAAAGCUUUGCCUGAUCAAGUAUCACAGCAAAAUGUAUUAUACUGUAUAUCAGUAUGCAUGUCGUUGUUUCGAUUUUCACGUCUUUGAUAGACGGGGAAAUCAAUUUAACCUUUCUUUGUGGUGGCACAGCCUUGGUUCUAAUGUAUGUACUACUGUAACAUAUUUGACUCUCCAGUUUAUACUGUAAUAGCCAUUUUUCUAGUUUCUACCAGCUAUUAAUCAAAUCAGAGUGCAGGAGAGGGCAUUUUCAUAAAUAUGCAAAUUCAAGGUCACACCAUCAACGUCAUCAUCUUCUUCACUGUUUCACGUCAUCUUUGGGUUGAGUCUCUAUGGGUCUUUUCUGUGGACAGUUUAAAUGAUGUUUUAUUCACUACUUUUCUAUGGAAUGUUCUCACUGUCUCAUUGUCCAGUAUAAACUGCUGUAUAAUGUAUGCUACACUUAUCCUUGUAAGUCACUCUAUGUCUUUGAUAUUCUCAGCACACUGACCGGUGGACCAUGUUUUCACCUUUGUCUAUAAGAGUCAUGGUCCUUUUGAAACCAGCAUAGACCACUUAUCUUAACAGUCCUCUAAUAAGUGUGCCAUUUAGACAUCCUUGCAUGGUAAUGUGAGGGGAGGAAUCAUGUCAAAUACCUUUUACCAACACUUUUGAAGUUUACAUCAUUACACUGUACAUCUGUAACAGGACGGUUCAGAUCAUGACUUUGAUGGUUUUGAGAGUUGCUUUUGAGAUUUGUUUGAAACCAAACACGUUUUUACCUUGUAGAUUGUAUAGAGAUAAAGACGAAACACAAAUAUUAUGUAAUACCACCUUGGCAUGCUGCUUAGAAAAAGGAGAAAGAAAACAGCAAUAGUCACCCACUGAAUGGAUAUUUAAAAAUGCAAAUAAUGAGUUCAAUCUGUUUAAUCAAAAAAAUUAUAUCCAUAUAUGUUUAUGCAAUAAAAUAUUGUUUUGAUAAAAAAAACUUAAGGAAUUUGUGUUUGCUUGUGUAAGGUGUUUGUUCUUUGGCGUGAUGUCAACAUGUACAAUACAAAAAUGAUGAUACAAUGCUCCCCAGCAUCAUGAGAAGGUUUUACCUUCUUAUAUAAGCCAC